AUGGCGUCCACAAUCGCGUCGUUCGCCAACUUCCUCAAGCAGUCGCGGACGCACGCCAUCGACAAGCGCGAGGUCCUCAUCGCCGGCGUCUUGUACAAGAAACCCGAGCGCAACUCGCUGCUCUGGAAGAAGCGCUACUGCGUCAUCUACGCCCACGAGCUCCAGAUCGUCUACUUCCUCUCGCUCGAGGACUUUGAGAAGCGCGCGAUCCGCGGCAAAAUCCCCUUCAGCUCCGUGCACGCGUGGGACGGGAAGCCCAAUGGCUUUCAGUUCUUCACGCCCGCGGAAAACUGCUUCCGCGUGUACACGGAGACGGCGGCCGACCAGCUCAAGUGGAUCGAAGUCAUGCAGCAGUGCAUCGACAAUGCGCCCGACCGAAAAGACGGCGAGCGCGUCGAGUACGUGCGCCCCGUGGCGUCGUCGCCCGCGACGUCGCCGAAAGGUGCGAUCCUUCGGGUCAAACGGAGCGACUCGUGGCGCGAAGAGGACCCCGACGUGCUCUCGAUGGCCGUCGAGCUCGAGGACCUUCGCAGCGAAGUGACGACGCUCAAGGCCGAGCUCGCAUCGAUCGAACAGGCCGAGAAACGCUAUGGAGAAGACGCACUUGCCGACCGGACGCGGCGGGGUACGGUGCUGGACGACGGCACGGAGCUCAAUAUUGAGCCGAGAGAGAUGGAACGCAUGCGUGCGAUCUUCAACCUCUUUGACGUGCAGGGCAACGGGUUCAUUAGUGAAGACGACUUGCUCGACCUGCACGCGAAACUGGGGGAACCCAUUUCCAGUGAAGACGCGCGGGAAGCCAUUUCCUACAUGCACAGCAAGUCCACGACGGGUCAGAUUGACUUUAACUCGUUCAUGAAGUGGUGGAACGACGACCAUGCAGCGAACAAUCAGACAGAGGCCAUGCGGCGCUACCAAGCCAAGUUCAAGUUCCUCAAGGCGCGGAUCGCAAACCCAGAGGUGGGCAACAUCGAGACCGAGGCCGUGGGCGCGUUCCCGAGCUUUGAGUUCCGUGUCAACUUCUACCACACAGGCCCCAACAAUGAGCGCCAGCAGAUCUCGCCGUGGCACGACAUUCCGCUGUACAAUCCGGAUGGCACGGUCAACUUUAUCUGCGAGAUCCCCAAGUGGACCCGCAAGAAAAUGGAGAUCGCGACGGGCGAACCGUUUAAUCCGAUCAAGCAAGAUACGAAGAAUGGUAAGCUGCGCGAGUAUGGCUGGGGAGAAAUGAUGUUCAACUACGGCGCAAUGCCGCAGACGUGGGAAGACCCAUCGCACGUGACGGAGGGCACGGGCUGUGUGGGCGACAACGACCCGAUCGACGUAGUGGAGAUCGGGACAAAGCAGUGGCGCACAGGCUCCAUCGUGCAGGUCAAGAUUUUGGGCGUGCUCGCUCUCAUCGACGACAACGAGACCGACUGGAAGGUGAUCUGCAUCAACGUGGAGGACCACUACGCCCCGCUCAUCCACGACGUAGCAGACAUUGAGGCUCACAUGCCUGGCUGCAUCACGGCCAUCCAUGACUGGCUUCGCGACUACAAGCUGCCCCAGGUGAACAAGUACGGCUACGACGACAAGUGCAUGGGCCGAGACUUUGCCGAAGCUACUGUUGCCGAGACCCACGAGUUCUGGAAGCUGCUAAUCGAGCAGCGCGGUGGCCAGGCUACUGUCUAA